AUGGAGAAAAUCCUUACCUGUGAGCCCAGCAUCAGUCAAAUGCUUUGUGAUGCGGAACAAAACGAGGCAAAACAUGACAACUCAUCGUCACCUGCAAUGACAGACCAAGAGAAAGAAAUGGCAGCCAAUGCAUAUGAGUCCUUUGUGGCCGGGAAGUACGACGAGUCUUUGAGACACCUUGAAGCCCUACAAGAGUUGAAUAAAGAAGACUACAAGAUUGCCUUGAAUAAAGCGGUUGUAGAGUUUUACAAAAGUGGUCAGACCACAACAGGAAACCUUAAGCAAAGCUUAAUGGCAAUGAAAAGUCAGGUUCACACAGCCACAGAGGAUGUUGAUGGGCUGGAUGAUGUUGAAAAUAGUUUGUUGUACUACAAUCAAGCCAUUAUCCACUAUCAUAUGCGUCAAUAUUCAGAAGCCAUUUCCAUUGGAGAGAAGCUCUAUCAAUUUUUGGAACCGUUUGAAGAGAAGUUUGCUCAGGCUGUUUGUUUCCUGCUGGUGGAUCUGUACCUGCUCACGUACCAACCAGAGAAGGCCCUCCACCUGUUGGCUGUGCUGGAUAAGCUAUCUGUGCAAGGAAGCAACAAGAACAGCAAAGGAGAGAACAACAAAGACGGCGGGAACCAGAAGGCAGAGUUCUCAGCCAUGAUUGAAGCAGCUAAAUCCAAGAUGCACCAGUACAAAGUGAGAGCCUACAUUCAGAUGAAAUCCUCCAAAGCAUGUAAAAGGGAAAUUAAGUCCGUGAUGAACACUGCAGGGAAUUCUGCACCUUCCUUAUUCCUCAAGAGUAACUUUGAAUACCUGAGAGGAAACUACCGGAAAGCAGUGAAGCUCCUCAACAGCUCCAACAUAGCAGAACACCCCGGGCCAAUCAAGACAGGUGAAUGUGUUCGAUGUAUGUUCUGGAACAAUCUUGGCUGCAUUCACUUUGCAAUGGGGAAACAUAACCUGGGCAUUUUCUACUUCAAGAAGGCAUUACAAGAAAAUGACAACACUUGUGCCCAACUCGGGGAUGGUGGUAAUGGGCAAGCCAAGAAAUUCACCGGUAUCCCCAUGUGUGCUCUACUAGCCAAUAAACGUUAUGAGCUUCUGUAUAACUGCGGUAUCCAGCUGCUGCAUAUCGGCCGACCUCUGGCAGCCUUUGAGUGUCUAAUUGAGGCGGUGCAGGUUUACCAUUCGAACCCUCGACUGUGGUUGCGGCUUGCAGAAUGUUGCAUCUCUGCUAAUAAAGGGGGUUCAGAACAGGAGAGCAAAGGUUUACCUUGUAAAAAAGGUAUUGUUCAGUCAAUUGUCGGACAGGGAUACCAUCGCAAGAUUGUAUUGGCAUCCCAGUCCAUGCAGAACACUAUUUAUAGUGAAGGCCAAUCAGCUGCCAUCCCGGUAGCCAGUAUGGAAUUUGCUGCCAUUUGCCUAAGGAAUUCUUUACUGCUGCUGCCUGAACACCAACAGCUGGAUGGCAAGACAGAUAACGGCUGCAAGAGCUCAUGUCAGUCAGGAAGCACUGAAAGUGGCAGUGAAAAUAGUGAUGCCUGCAGCGGGAAGGGUCAGGAAGCAGACCGGUUACUCUCUGCAGCGCCAUCAUCUCCUCUCAGAAAACAGGAAGUGGAAAACCUCAGGUGCUCCAUCUUGGCGUGUAGUGCCUAUGUGGCGUUAGCACUAGGAGACAACCUCAUGGCUUUAAACCAUGCUGAGAAACUGCUUCAUCAAAGCAAGGUGUCCGGAUCGCUCAAGUUCCUUGGUCACCUCUAUGCGGCUGAAGCCCUCAUUUCAAUGGACAGGAUCUCUGAUGCUAUCACACACCUCAACCCGGAGAACGUCAUCGAUGUGUCAAUCGGGGUGCUGAGCAGUGAGCAAGACCCAGGUUCUGAAAAAGGAGAGGAACCUGUUGAAUCUUCGAGCAAGCAGGCCCCUCUUUGUUAUCCAAGUAGUGUGACUUCAGCUCGAGCCAUGAUGCUCUUCAACCUGGGAAGCGCGUACUGCUUACGAAGCGAAUACGACAAAGCCCGCAAGUGCCUUCAACAGGCUGCGUCGAUGGUGAACACUAAAGAGAUUCCACCAGAAGCCAUCCUGUUAGCAGUGUACCUAGAACUACAGAAUGGGAAUACUCAGCUGGCCUUGCAGAUCAUCAAACGCAACCAACUGCUACCCACGGCGGUCCAGAGGGUGUCGCCGGAUUCCCGAAAGAAAGCCGUCCACCCCAUCCAGCCUCCCUCGUCGUUCACACAAGUCCAACGUCCGGCUGUAUAA